GAUGCAUGCUAAUCGUGAUCUUGUGACCGGAUUCCUGAAAAACAAGCUUAAGUUUAAGGGUUUCGUUAUAUCAGAUUGGCAGGGUCUUUAUAUGAUUACCUCUCCUCCACAUGUUAACUACUCGUAUUCCGUGGAAGCCGGAGUCGGUGCUGGGAUUGAUAUGAUCAUGUUUCCUUAUAACUUCACAGAGUUCAUUGAUGACCUAACCUAUCAGGUUAAGCACAGUAUCAUUCCCAUGAGCCGAACUGAUGAUUCUGUAAAGCGAAGUUUGAGGGUCAAAUUCGUGAUGGGUCUCUUUGAGAAUCCAAUGGCUGAUACCAGCCUGGUCAACCAACUUGGGAGUCAGGCACACCGGGAAUUAGCUAGGGAAGCUGUGAGGAAAAGUCUCGUCUUACUGAAGAAUGACGAGUCUGCCGAUAAGCCAUUGUUACCCCUUCCGAAGAAAGCAACUAAGAUAUUGGUUGCCGGAACUCAUGCUGAUAACUUGGGCUAUGAAUGCGGCGGAUGGACCAUUGCAUGGCAGGGUCUUAGUGGCAAUGAUCUCGCAGCUGGUACGACUAUCCUCCGAGCCUUUAAGAAUACAGUUGAUCCGAGUACUCAAGUUGUCUACAGUCAGAACCCGGAUGCAGAGUUUGUCAGAUCCGGAAAAUUCUCUCAUGCCAUCGUUGUCGUGGGAGAACCCUCGUAUGCAGAAACAAACGGUGACAGCUUGAACCUUACGAUAUCCCAGCCAGAUCGAGACACUAUUUACAACGUAUGUGGGGCUGUGAAAUGUACUGUUGUUCUCAUCUCUGGCCGGCCGGUUGUCAUGCAACCGUAUCUCUCGUCGAUUGAUGCACUUGUAGCCGCUUGGCUUCCGGGACCGAGGGCCAAGAAAUACAACGUAUGUGGGGCUGUGAAAUGUACUGUUGUUCUCAUCUCUGGCCGGCCGGUUGUCAUGCAACCGUAUCUCUCGUCGAUUGAUGCACUUGUAGCCGCUUGGCUUCCGGGGACCGAGGGCCAAGGUGUUGCUGAUGUUCUGUUCGGCAACUACGGGUUCACCGCAAGCUUGCAAGGACGUGGUUCAAGACGGUGGAGUAGCUCCCUAUAA